UGAAGCUCAUCAUUCAACUUCCGGGUUAGAAAUUGUGCGUGAAGUCUUCUUUCAAAUUUAUUUGGACGAACUUCUGGGGCAGCUUAACCUCGUAAAAUGUCCCGAGGCUCGAGUGCAGGGUUCGAUCGACACAUCACCAUCUUCUCCCCCGAAGGAAGACUUUACCAAGUCGAAUAUGCUUUCAAGGCCAUAAACCAAGGUGGACUCACGUCAGUAGCCGCCAGAGGGAAGGACUGUGCGAUUGUUGUAACACAAAAGAAAGUACCGGACAAGCUUCUGGAUUCGGCCACAGUGACCCACCUCUUCAGAAUAACCGAUAAUAUUGGAUGUGUGAUGUCGGGGAUGACCGCUGACAGCAGGUCCCAAGUGCAGCGCGCUCGCUACGAGGCGGCCAACUGGAAGUACAAGUACGGUUACGAGAUCCCAGUGGACAUGCUGUGCAAGAGACUUGCUGACGUAUCACAAGUGUACACGCAGAAUGCUGAGAUGCGACCGCUGGGCUGCUGCAUGAUCAUGAUCGCCAUAGACGAGGAGCACGGCCCCCAAGUGUACAAAUGCGACCCAGCAGGCUACUACUGCGGCUUCAAGGCCACGGCCGCCGGCGUGAAGCAGACCGAAGCCACCAGCUUCUUGGAGAAGAAAGUGAAAAAGAAACUUGACUGGACCUUUGCACAAACUAUUGAGACAGCCAUCUCUUGUCUGUCAACCAUUCUUUCCAUUGACUUCAAGCCCUCUGAGAUCGAGGUGGGCGUUGUCACAACGCAGGACCCAAAGUUCAGGAUCCUGACAGAGACCGAAGUGGACGUUCACCUGGUGUCCCUGGCGGAGCGGGACUGAGCGGAGACAAGCUGCUGUUUCUUUGUUUGCUGUGCAUUCUCCCAUUCAGUAAUAAAAAUGUUUUUCAAGUAAAAUAA